CUGGCAGAAUGUCUUACCAACCAAUGUGCAGCUGGACAGUUAUGCUGGGAUCGAUUUGGGUCAACGGAAUCAACGCAUGUCUGUCAGUGUCAGAGGGACCAAGGAUAUGACUGCAGCCAACCUUCCAACGUCCAAACACAAAUCACUUGCUAUGGCCCUCACUGUCGCAGCGGGAUAUUCCAGUCGCCGUUUUAUCCCGACAUGUAUGCUGCACGGGCUACUGUCUUGUAUCUUCUGUACAUCCCAAGUGCAACUAAGAUCAUGUUCACAUUCAGCAACCCGUUCGAACUUGAAAAAUACAAGGACGAUCUGACGGUUGGUCCCGGGUUGGCAGUGGACUUCGAUCUUGAUCUACGAGGGGAAGAUAUUCCAAACCGUGAUGUCCAUCACUUCUCGGGAAACAAGGUUCCGAAGGAUUUCGUUCUGGAUGAUACAGACUCGGCAUGGAUGUAUUUUUUGACUGAUAAGAACACGGAAAGAUCUGGAUUUCAGGUGAACUGGACAAGCGAAGAUCGGCUACCACCCGUAAUCGUAUGCCCAUCAGACGUCACUGUGCCUGCACUGGCCGGCUCACAAAGUGCUUCUGUGACGUGGGUUCAACCGACGACCUCGGAGCCAGUGUUCGUUCAAAGCGACUUCGAUUCCGGGCAUGAAUUUGGCAUUGGACGCAAUGUUGUGAUCUACACUGCUACUGAUGAAGCGGGAAACGAAGGACAGUGCUUCUUUUAUGUCACCGUAGAGGGUGAUCCAAGUACGAACCUAGCACCUGUAAUAUCAGGUUGCCCGGUAAGUAGGACACCAGCAGUGUACAACACCAGUCCGCUUGCAACAUCUCUCCCAGUCUUCUUCCAACCACCCAACGCCUCGAACCCAGUCAACGCCAGUGAUAUUAUCACGACAGUUUCCUCUCAAAUGCCUGGAGAUGUCUUCGAUCACGGGGUACAUCUAGUGCUUUACAGGUUCAUCACCAGCAACGGAUUACAAGCCGACUGCGUCAUUCCUAUCCAGGUCUCAGAGGUGGACUUUUGCGCAUCACGCCCUUGUGAUCCUGAUCUUGAAAUUUGUCACCACACUCCUACAAGCUUCUACUGCUUUGUAAUUGCAAAUGAUACCGUUGAGCCAGAGUUAGUCGACUGUCCAGAUGACAUCCGCGUCUUCACGGCCCCCUUGGAUCUUUUCGUGUCUGUGAACUGGACUGAACCGACGGCUUCUGAUGACUCAGGACGAGUUGUCCUAGAAUCGUCCCACAGCUCUGGUGAUCUCUUCUCAACCCAAGGGCCACUUGCCAUUGUCAUCUAUGAAGCGAGGGACAUGAACAAUAACUCAGCGAUGUGUUCUUUCAGCGUAAAUGUUACUGCGGAUGACACCGGACCCAACCUGACUUGCCCAGAGAACAUCACACUACCAUUAAACGGAUCAAGUGAUAGAGUUGUCACGUGGCCAGAGGUCACCGCAUACGAUCCAUCAGGUCCUGUUUCCAUCAUCCAAAAUCAUCAUCCCAAUGAUAGUUUCCCGUCGGAAUCAACAACAGCGGUUAUUUAUGUUGCAUCCGACAGAUACGGAAAUAUCAACUUUUGCUCAUUUAUUGUCACCAUCGUCGAUAUGCCAUCACCCCAACAUCCUUUCCCGGUACAAGCUACGAUUGCUUUGAUUGUUGUCAUCGGCAUGAUUAUCCUCGUUGCUAUGAUGAUCAUGUUCCUAAUAAAAUCCAAAAAAGACAGGAAGAAAGAGGAACAGAAGAAGAAUGCGAGCAUCGAAGCUCCAAACAGUGAAGGACAAAGCCCUUAGAAAAUACAUCAAGGAUAUAGUUCAAGAUUCGCCGUUGAUAACUAUUUUUUUUCGGGAGGGGGAUCUGAAUUCAUGUUUUUACGUGGAUUAUAAAGGAAAAUGCCUCGACAGAAGGAAACCCACAUUUUCAUCAUUAUUUUAGUGAAAAGGAAUGUGAAAAUUAAAACCUUAAUACUAAAGAGUGAAACUUACAUACAAAAACAAUAGAUUGUGAACGAUACUUUGAUUAUAUAUCAAGGCCGAUGCAUACAUCAGUUUCCUGAAAAUAUCAACUGAUGCGAUAAUGAGACGGAAUUUUCCACUCAAGAAAAGGAGAACGGAGUAAAAGUGAUGCAUGUGUCAGUUGUUUGUACUGUCAAGUAGUUGAUAUAAAGUUUUAUCAUGAAAAAGUGUUUUCCUUUUAUACAAUGACUGAUGAUUUGAAGGAUAAUAAACAAACAAAUUAAAGUGACAAAAAUCAUGUCUGAAAUAGGAGUUUAUAUGUGACAUAAUUAUCGUUUGCCACUUUUGACUUGUAUAUUUCGAAAGGCAAUCAGUCAUACUCACCAAAUAUUUGUAGAAUGUUCAAUACUGGCAACCCGCAUAACAUUAUAGUGUCCUGAAUUCUUAGGGAUCUAUAUAUACAUAUAUUUUUGGCAAUAUGGGAUAUGGACGGGUGACAACUUCAGUUAAAGGGGAAUGAAACCCUUGGAACAAGUGGGCUUGUGUG